UGUAGAUCCUUUGGUAAAUGUUCUGUGUUUUUAUAUGUGGCGAUGACGGAUUAAGAAAAUUCGGUGAAAAUGUCGGGAAAAACCUUUCCAGUUGACAAAUUAGUGCGUGUAGGUUAUUAUGAACUUGAAAAAACAAUUGGUAAAGGAAAUUUCGCCGUGGUCAAGCUAGCCACUCACAUUGUCACACGGACCAAGGUGGCCAUAAAAAUAAUCGAUAAGACUGUCUUAGACGAAGAAAAUUUGACAAAGAUAUUUCGAGAGACUGCUAUACUGAAGAAAUUAAAACAUCCCCACAUCACAAGGCUGUAUCAGCUUAUGGAAACAAAUCAAACUAUAUAUUUGGUCACUGAGUAUGCAAGCAAGGGGGAGAUAUUUGAUCACUUGGUAGCGAAAGGCAGAAUGACAGAACCAGAGGCCAAAAGGAUAUUCAACCAGAUUGUGUCUGCCGUAAGCUAUUGCCAUUCUCAGGGGGUCGUUCAUAGAGAUUUAAAGGCUGAAAAUUUACUCUUAGAUCAUAACCUCGAUAUCAAAUUGGCCGAUUUUGGAUUUAGUAACCAAUUCACAGAAGGUUGCUUGCUAUCUACCUUCUGCGGUUCUCCUCCAUACGCGGCUCCUGAACUAUUCCAAGGCCUCAAAUAUGACGGGCCUAAGGCAGAUAUUUGGAGUUUAGGUGUAGUUCUUUACGUUUUGGUUUGUGGUUCACUUCCAUUUGAUGGUCCAACUUUAAAUGCCUUAAGAAACGUGGUCAUUGAAGGAAAAUUCCGGAUACCUUACUUCAUGUCACAAGAUUGUGAGCAUUUAAUAAGACACAUGUUGGUAGUAGAUCCCGAUAAAAGACUGACAGUUCCGCAAAUAUUAAAACAUCGUUGGUUAAGCGAUGCUCCUCUCAUCGAAAACGUUGUGCUAGAAAAGGAAUUUCAAUUAAACAAAACAGUCAUAGACCACAUGUUACAAUUACCGAAUCUAAAUCAAAAUAUGAUAGUGCAAAGUUUGAAGGCGAACUCGUUCGACCACAUUUACGCCAUUUAUAACCUUUUACUCGACAAACUACACCAAAGGACGAUGAAUUUCCAGACGAAGGUUCUCGAACAGAGAAGAGUCGAUAACCAACAAAGGAAAGAAGACCAAGCCGAUGCAGAUGAUCAAAUGUACAACAAAUUACAAAAAAUCAACGAGAGGAGUGAGUCUUUCAACGAAAAUCGAUUGGCGGUCCAAUUGACCGCGGCAGGUUCGGACGGUUUGGGCGUGAAGCAAGACAUGCAAGAACCGUUCAACUACAGGCGAGAGAGCUUCAACGAGAACUGUCUGCGAGAGAUGGAGGACGAGUCCAGCGAGAGGUUGAAGUGCUCGAAGGAAAACCCUCCCGACGAAGUCGGUUCUCCUUUCGUUUCCAUGCCGACUAUACCGGCGGUUUAUUUGGCUGGGGAUCAGGAAAACCAACUAUUGGAAAAGUUCGGUGAAGUAGAUAUGGAUACCAACGACGACAACUAUUCAAUGGCUGUUCCAUCUACGGCAUCGACUUCUACGGGUUAUGGCAGUUGCAAUUCUUCAGGUGAUAAAUAUUUGACUGUCAGACGACAUACGGUCGGACCAGGAGACCCGGCACACGAACAGGUGUUGGAAACCCACUACAUGGCCCAUCCUCAGCAGGAUCCCAACGGUGCUAAACUGCUUCCCAACACGAAUCUUCCCCUCAAUUUAACUACUUUGGCACAACAGAACCCGCAUUACUUCGGAGGAAAAGAUCCGCAUUUAUUGAAGCCUCCCGUGGUGUUGAGCGCUGCGGGGGGAUUCGGACGAAGGGCCUCAGAUGGUGGUGCGAACCUUCAUAUGGCGUGGGGAGCCCCCGGUUCUCACGAACAACUGUCGAUGAUGUCCACUAGUUCCAGUGGAAAUCCUAGUUUAAGUAGCAGCGGCACUGGUACACAACCUUUAGAACAUAAUCAACACGGUUUAGACGAACAAGCAAUAGCGAGGUAUAUGCAAAGUAGAGGAAACACGAAGCGCCACACCAUGGCGGAUCCAGAAGAUGUACACACUCUUCACUCGGCUCCCUCCACCGGAACUAGAGUGAGACGUACCGGUCUUCUUACCGUUACAGAACGUCCAGUAAUUCCGCCCGAAGUCGUGAUGGAAGUAGAAGCACGCAUGAAUCGCAACUAUAUGCCCACAAUAUUGCCUACACGCAAACCCUCCAGGCACAAACCUCCGUUGCCCACGGUUCAAGAGCUCCAAGGCAGAGAACAAAAAUCGUUGGAUAGAUUUUCACCAGUUAGGAGAGGAAGUGAAGGUUCUGCCGGCGGUUGUCGUACCUUGAGUUCUUCUUCUCAGGAACAGAGACUUCAAAGGGGUCUUUCUGCAAGGAAUAGUCCACCUAGAUCUAUCCCAGGUUCACCAAUCCACCAGAAGUUUAUGUCAGAGCAACCGUUACGUCACCACAUGUCGGAAUGUACAUCCCCCAUCCACCAGUUCUAUCAAACUCUUCCGGAGUCGGCCGCUAUGCAGGAUCUACAAAAUUUCUCUUCGAAUAUAGACCCAACAUUGGGCCUUCCUCCCGAAAACUACCAGCAGCACAGCUACGGACCGUACGAAGCCACCAAUAGGAGUCCGACGUAUUCUUAUGAUUCUAUCAAUAGGAGCCCCUUACAUUCGUCGCCUUAUACUACCACGAAUCUGACGUCUUCGCCGAUUGGGCCGUCGGUGUUUAGCCAGGUUUCAAAUUUGGGGUUGUAUUCCGGUAGUAAUUCGCCGAUAUUGAAUCCGCUAUUGAGCCCUAAUACCUCUCCAGUGUUCGGAGGGUACAUGCAGAAUGCACAAGGAAGUAGUGUAUCGUCCAUUACACAAGGUAUUAGUGGUCUGAACACAGCUAGUACGGGUUCCAUAACCCAAGGUAUCCCUUCAGGCAGCCUUCAGAUGGAAAUGCGCAGUCAACUACACGACGAAUCGAAAAUGGACACGUUUGUACCGAACGUGUCCUACAUGAGUGGACAAGCGCCCCAAAACUACCUGCACAUCCUUAACAUUCACGGCCAUAGGAGUCUCACGAAUUCGCCGAUCAGCAAUCCAGGAAGCCCCGGCCUCGACAUGAUCCAAGAAGAGAUCCCGGUGCAGAGCUGUCCGAAAAGUGAACAAGGUCACCCUCAGAUAUCGGUAACGGAUGUCCUAGGAAGCGAGGUAACCUUAGUGGCUGGAUCGGACACUUCCGAAGAUUCCAUGGACAGCCUGGACAACCAAAGACUUCAAAAACUUCCCCAAUUUAUAAUCUCCGAACCGGCUGACAACUCUCCUUCUAUAACUCGAGGCAUCGGUCGCAAGACCAGUCAAGAAAACGAAACAAAAAGACAAGAAAUCGAAGCCCAAAUCGCAAACGAGGAAUUUUUUCAUAGGAGAAAUUCCGACAAAAGUUCCUGCUACUCCGAUGAUUCUCUCUCGAACGAUAGUUUGAGCAUUGGAAACCAAAGCCCCAGUUCGAGCUCUAACACUCAAUCGAGUCAUGCAUUCGACAGUGACAUAAGGCAUAGGCCGAUUGAUACUUACGCUACGAUAGACCAAGAGUUGCGAAACGCCCAAGGCACGGAGAAUUUUCAAAUUUUUCAAAACCUGAAGAGGAGUAACAUAAAUUGGAAUAAGCCAUCGUCUGCGGAAAGUAGUCGGGAAGUUUCGAACCUUCUUUGCCAGGUUCCAGUAGAAUCGAACUUGCACAAAAACUCUGGCUCUUUCGAGUUCGAGCUGUCCGAAGUGUGCUCCAAACUACAGUCGACCGACAUUCUGGAGAUGGUCAAGAAGACCAUCAACGACCAGAUUCCGCCGAAGACUUGUCUCAGUUCGGACGAGCUCAGCGACCGAUUGAGCCUCGAAUACGAAGGGGGGCUCCAGAUAGAAUUGAAGAUCGUCGACAAGCCCCGAGGAGACUCCAAAGGGUUGAAAAUGAGGAGGAUAUCAGGCGAUCACUUGGUCUACAAUCAAGUGUGUCAGCAGCUUAUCUCCUGCAUGACUGUUUCCUAGCAUUUAAAGUAAUUUUUUGUUUUGUUAUUGUUUUUUGUUUUACCAUGAUGCGGAUCUAGUAGAUUUUCGCGAUUUGAUAGAUGAGAUCCUGACCUGUGUUCGAUACUCGAGAAGAACUUCGAUCUAGAUAGAAUGAAACGCUUAACUUUGACACUUUCAUCUUAGUAUUGUAUUUUAUUUAGAAAUAAUAACGAUAGAAGAAUGCUAUCGUUCAUUCGACUGAUUUUUGUUAUUUUUAAACCCUUACUAUGUUUAAAAAUAUCGUGGAAUGAAGUAAACACUUCUGUCGUAUUUAGGUAAUUGAAUUUAUUAAAAUUCUUAAAAUUUAUCCACGAGGAAGUGGAAAUUGUACAAAACGUAUUCGGUCAAACUUACCAUCAUCAGUGUGA